AUGAUGUUGCAGUGGCUGUCCGGCGGUCUCGGCGUCUACAUGGCGCCGAUGCUGCAGGUGAAUCGCGCCUUGCACCAGCAGAUGAAGCCCAGGUUGGAGCACUGGGGCCCGGCCUGGCUUCGGCAACGGCAGCUGCUGCAGAUCGCGCGCGUGGCAGAGGCGGCCGGGAAUCCAACGCGAUACCUGCAGGACGCGAGGCAGAUCCAGCAGUUAGCCACGGCGAUUCUGCGUGGUUUAGGGGCCGAUACCUUUGGCCAUUUCAACUCACUCACUGCGCGUGGCGCCGACUCCUUGGCCGCGCGCUUCCGCAGCAUCGUGCAAGUCGCGCAGUACGCGGCAUAUCAUUUGGACGAACAGGUGCCCGAGUCCUGGCGAAUCCUCCUUUGCGCGCGCGCGCUGGAGCUGGAGUUGGAGGAGGCUGAGCUUGAGACCUUCGAGGCCCUCACUCUGCUGCCGCCUGCGGUGGAGGAUGACGAGGAUGACGACCUGGAGGAGGUCGCGGGGCGAAGCCGAACGGCAGAAGUGGACAUGGAAGUGGGGGCAGAGGUGGUGGAGGCGAAGGAGGAGGACGAGGAGGAGGAGGAGAAGAAGGAGAAGAAGGAGAAGGAGAAGGCAGGCUCUGAUGGCUUCUCCUACAAGAAGGCGUUCUUUUUCCCAGGUCAAGGUGCCCAGUCUGUGGGCAUGUGUAAGGAACUGGUGGAGGUGCCAAAAGCCAAAGAAAUGUUUGAGACAGCCAGUGACAUCGUAGGUUACGACCUCCUAGACUGCUGCAUCAACGGCCCAAAGGAGGAGUUGGACAGGACGGCAGUGUCGCAGCCGGCCAUCUUUGUGGCCUCGAUGGCCGCGGUGGAGAAAUUGAGGGCCGAGGGUGGAGCUGCAGAUAUCGAAGAUGCCACUGUGGCUAUGGGUUUGUCGCUGGGUGAGUAUAGCAACUUGGACAGCAAGCCCAGCUGCCAUAGUUGGAGGUGCGUUGAGUUUCGCCGGCGCAUUGAGUCGGGGAACCCGGACGUCAUGAUGAACAAAGAUCGCGACGAGUUGAUGUUGCUGCUGCUGGCCCUUGCAAAGUCCGGGGUGGCAUCGCCGGUGCCGCAGCCGGUGCCGCCGGCGCCGCCGGUACCGCAGCCGGUGCCGCAAGCGGCGCAUGGAAGUGAUGAAGAGGAUCUGAGCUUGUCCAGCAUCAGCGACCUUACGAAACCCGAUUUGUGGUAUAUUUUUAUCCAAGCGGAUCACAAUGAAGAUGGGAAACUCUCCAAGCCCGAGUUCUUCAACUUCGCAGCGCAUUAUCGCGAGGAAAUCGAACGAGCGAUGUACGAGAAAGCCUCUGAGGAGCUGGACCUGGACAAGGACGGCACACUGAGCCGAGAAGAAGUGGAGAAGAACUUGGCGACGUGGGACAUCGACGGCUUCCCACAGGAGUUGGAACGUGUGCGGAACUUGGAGAAGGAAAAAUUCAAGAUUGCUGACGCAGAUGGCAACGGCAAGCUUGAGGGCGAGGAGCUGGUCAACAUGUACGGCCAUGGUGUCAGUGACCAGGUCAUGGAGGCAGAAGCCAAGUCGGUGAUGGAGAGCAAGGAUUUAGACAAGGAUGGCAAGCUGAACCAGAAGGAAUUCUGGUACGACUACCUUCGGCCCGAAGAAGAUCAUGAGGAAGAGCCAUAUGAUAGGAAUGAGACUUUUCACAGUCUGGACGGUAACGGAGAUGGUUUCAUCGACAUGCACGAGUUGAAGAUGUGGGAAGGUGGCUAUUUCUUUCUGGAAGAUGCCAUCGACAAGAUUCUGAUCAUGGCGGACAAAGACGAAGACGGCGAGGCCACCUUUCAGGAGCUGGCCGAUGCCUGGCACGACAUCGAGCUCUCGGGCGUCCAGUUGCCUUUGAAGGGAAUCAUCGUGCGUGCCCUGGGGGAACACGAGGCGGAUGGUCGUGCCUCCGAACUGUGAUCAGCAGCAGAGAUUGCGCGAAGUUUACACCAAAGAUGUAU